UCAACAAUCGUCCGGUAGAAACAUACCCAGCUAACGAAUAAACACUUCCAGUGUACAAGCGCAUCUUUCAUUUUUAAAACAAUUUUGCCAUUUUGAAAUGUGUUAUAAUUAUUGUAAUGCUUGAAUCUUUCAAAAUAUUUUUAAUACUAUAACGAAUUGUAAAUUGAACAGAUUAAAGAACUGUGUUAGCUAACCUAGCAUCGUAAGCUCCCUAACUAUAGAAGGAAACAUGGCGGUGUCCUUGGGCAGCACAGGAAGCGUGAGACUACUUAGUGCCUUAGCUAGGUCCGGCUCUUUAUGCAGCUCCCCUGGGGUCAGAGGUCUCCAUGUCACUGCCGUGUGCUGCAAGAACCGAGCAGCUCGUACCCAAGUGGGGAAAGGAGACAAACCUUUGACCUAUGAGCAAGCACUCCCCCCUCAUUAUAUUGGUCACCGUAAAGGAUGGCUGUCGCAGCACACGGGUAACCUCAAAGGAGAAGAGGGAGCAGCUGAGCGCACCGUGGAGGACACGUUCAUCAGGAGAUUCAUGUUCGGGACCUUCCACGGCUGCCUGGCCAACGAGAUCGUGAUCAAACGGCGCGGCAACGUGCUUGUAGUGUGCGCUUUACUGUUACAGAAACAUUCCCCUCAGAAGUUUUACUUCUUAAUAGGCUACUCAGAGUCUCUGCUGUCCUACUUCUACAAAUGUCCCGUCAAGUUAGAGAUUCAGACCCUGCAGGAUAAAGUUGUGUACAAGUACAUCUGAUGGCACUGCGUAGCACUAAGACCACAUUUCUCCAUGACAGAAUUGACCACUUUUUGGAUUUUUCUCUUGUAUAAACACAGAUGUUGUUCCUGUUUCCUUCCUGCUCAGAGUGAUGUCAGUGAAAUCCAGGUUUGGAAAUCAGGGGAAAAGUUAUUUAAACAAAACAACUAAAUAGUCCAAGUCAGCUUGUUGCCAAAGCAGAAGUGUUUCAUACAGAAACCAGAUGAACUAGACCUGUGCCAGGAAAUCAGCCUUAUUAUAAUUAGUUCAAUAAAAGACAUUUAAUCUGCCCCAAAUUACCAUGGAAACCAUUAUUUUUAUACACACGGUAUGAUACUUCUGGUCAGAUGUACACACAGGCUUCAUCUUGAGUAGUCAGUGUAGUACACCGACAGCACGGGUCAGUUUGCACAUAUUUGGACUUUAGUGCAUGAUAAAAGUCAUGUAUAGUAUUUACUUUAGAUUAACUCAUCAAGGCAACUCAACAUUUUACA